AUGUUGUUAGACACAAUGAAGUCUUCUACCAUAUUUCAUGUACUUCUCUUGCUGGUGCUAUGUGCUUUCACUACAUGCGGCGCACAGUCUCCGGUUCACCAUUUGGAAUUUGUCCAGACAUGGCCCAACACUUUCUGCCAAUCUACUCCAUGUGUCGCACCAAUUCCUCAUAACUUCACAAUCCAUGGUUUAUGGCCAGCAGCGAUAGAUGGACACAGCCUGGAAAAUUGCAAAACCAAAUACAAGAAAAGCACAACACCUUACCAGGGCAUAAGAGGAGAUAUGGAUAAGUACUGGCCAGCUCUCAACGCUGGGAAAACUAAUGAGAACUUCUGGUGGCACGAAUGGACGAAACAUGGUUGCUGUCAAAAUGAGUUCCAACCCCAUGAUUACUAUAAGAAGGCUAUCAAGCUAAAGUAUGACAUCAGUCCACUCAAAAUCCUUGAAGAUGCAAAAAUUCUUCCGGGUUCGUCCAAGACUUACACAGUAAAUGCCAUUUCUCAAGCCUUUGAAAACGUGCUGGGGAUCGGCAAUAAAAUUUGGCUUACAUGCCACGAAAAAAAUGGCCAUUUUCUGCUUAUGGAGGUAUAUGUAUGCUUUGACCCUAAAGCAACUAGCCCUGUCUCAUGCACAUGGAAGGUUAAAAGGUGGACUUGUGGGACGGGAGAUAUCCUAUUCCCCUGA